AUGUCUUCCUUCCAAGCCGUUAACGUUAUCUGGAACGCUCCUGCCGGCCCAGAUGGAACCAACAACAUGUGGGUUUUGGAGCACUGCCAAACUCUCUUCGAGGAAUGCCGCAUUCAGAAUCUCAGCGACAAUCUCCCUGAUCCGACUAAGCAAACCACGAACGCCAUCAAGAUGCCGCAGAAAUCACAGCACGCGCAUCCCGAAGACCUCAAGCCACUCGAAGGGUUCACAGACCCGGCUACUGAAGACCCUAUUACUCCGCUGAGACCUCCCAACUGUCCUGGUCCGUCUGAUCAGGGCGACGGACCUGCUCCCAUGUGGAUUCCGAGUAACAACGCGUCUGCCAUAAGCAUGAUGUAUAAUCGCUGGGGCAAGGGCUUUUCGCAAGAUGGUUCUUGGGGGAAGUGGACAAACAACGAGUCAAAAACCUACCUCCCUGGUAUCUACAACGCGGUUGGACAUUUGGUUAAGCAGUCUUGGAUGGCCUCUGACGAUGUCCAAAGUCUUGCGGCAUUUGCUGCUCGAGAUGCCAAGGUCAAUUGCUUUGUUGCCGACAGCCCUCCUUGGAGCCGCGACACCCCUACUGUGACGGCCAGACCUGAUCAGAAGGACCGGAUUCGAAAGGCGGACUGCCUGGCGUUCGUUACCCAUCACAUCAAUCAUUUCACUGCCCUCUUCGUUAACCAAGUUACUGGACGAUCUUUCUGGUAUGACAGUAUGUGGAGAGACGGAGAUGCAACCCUUCGGUACGCUAUUGAUAUGGACCGUCUCUGCAAGUUCUAUCAGAGCGUCAAUGCUGCCCCCAACCUGAUCAAGGUGAUCCGCAUGAAAGCAGGCAUUGUGAUCGGCCCUCAACAGCCUGACGAGUGGACUUGCGGAAUGCAUGCAGCGGAAUUCAUCAGAUGCUGCAUCCGAGACAACGUUACCAACAUCGCAAAGAGUCCGACUUGGACGAAGGUUUGGAACGAUAGCAGAGGCAACGUCAUUGACCACGUUAACCAUUUCUGGCGUCAAUGGGUUACUGAAGAGUUCAGUAAACCAGGAAACUACGGCAGAAAGGACCUUCGCAAUAAGCCGAGGCUUGUACUGGACAGUUAUGACAAGAGACUUCGACAAGAAGCAUCCAGCAAGCCUGAUCAGACUAAGGAGGACACACCGGAAUUCUCUAACACCUUUCCUGGGACUUUUAAGCCCAUCAAAAAGACGCCUUCUUCAGCACCUCAAGACGACGAUCUCACCAGUCUCUUUGGUUCGAUGCGCCCCCCCUCAGAUACUGGUGCGCCACAGGACCAGCCAGGCUUCUCUACCACGCCAGCCCCAGAAGGUAACGUGGUGAGGCCAUCUCCUAAGCCUGAUCAGGCUCAGGAUGUAGACGACGAAGAGGAGCGAUUGUCUAAUGUGGCUUCUACUGCGUACAUGAAGGCUGAAGGACAGCGAAAUGCUUAUGAGAAAGCCCUGUUCAAUACACAGGAGCAGCGCCACAAGCUAAGGGAGCGCAGGGUCAAGUCUAUUACCGACUACACCAGGGACGAAUAUGUUAGUAUGUUCGAGAACCCUUAUGAGACGGUGGCAGUGCGACAGCGCCCUUGGCAGCUGUUUCUACGACCUACAAUUGCACCUGGAUGGGAGGGUCAUAAGCGGUAUGAUCAGGGACGGGAGUGGGAUGCUAAGUUCGAGGAGGAGCGUCUCGAGGCUGAGAGGGAGGCAGCUCGUAACGAGGCGAGUGGCUCGAGAUACUCUUUCCGCCGCCGCUAG